AUGGUCAAGUUCUCCAUUUCUUGGCCCCGAGUCCUCCCGAACGGCACUGCAGACAACAUUAACCAAGCCGGAGUCGAUUACUACAACAACCUCAUCGACGCCCUCAUAUCCAACGGCAUUCAACCCAUGGUCAGCCCAUCCGCAUUAUACCGUCAUACUCUUCUCAUUAUCCCCACAACCAACAUGAACGCCCUCGCACGAGCCCAAGCCUCAACGGUCGGCGAAGAGAGGAUGUCGCUGCACUCCAUCUUACUGGAUCGAGUGCAUCGACAUCCUUCUCACCGAAGGCAUGCUUGGGAUGGGGGGGAGAAAUUUGGUUGCGGGGGGGCUAGUCUUCAUAGUAUUGUUUGA